CUUGUUCUGCUUUUUGUCUUUCCUGAGGCUGCGCUGAUAGAGGCAGGUGCUCUGACACCUCCAGGGAGGCAGCAGCAGGCGGAGGCUGCACUGGCCCAACCGCCAGCACCGCUCCUUUCGUCUGCAUGUCUCGGUUGUGCCAGCUUCCCUCUUCUCCGGCCCGUGUGUGAAGUCUGUGUGAAAAAGUACUGGGCUGAGAAACAGCUCAAGUGGCGAGAACAGGAAGAGCAAGAUCUACAACGUCUGGAGGAAUUAAGAAAAUUAAUGGCUGAACAAGCAGUUAAAGACAGAGAAAGGGUAAAGUUUAGACAAGCAUUACUAGAAAAACGGUUGCUGGAGAAAAAGGAACUGGCCCUUCAAGAAGCAUAUGAAGAAAAGGAAAAAGAGAAAUGCCUGGAAGCGCUCCGACAACAGGUUGCUGUCGUUGCAAAAUUAGAUCCAGCUAGAGUAGUGGCCGAUACGGUGGCAUCUAAAGCUCGAAUGGGCGUUGGGACCAAAGAAGAGUUUGAUCUUCAGAAGCCACUGUUCAAGCUGCACACGUACAGUGAACAGCAGAUCAUUUCUGACCCUAGACUUCGUGUUGAGCUAGCUCUUCGAGAAGCUGGACUUCAUAAAACACUUUAUGCAAAAGAGAUUUUACCAAAAAUUCCUCCACUGAAGCUUCCAAGAAGAGAUAUGGAAUCUACAGCUUUUAAAAUGCAGAGAGAUACUUGA